AACACCGAAAGCACUUGUUUCGAUCGUUUUGUUAGGCUCCGUAUAGAUUUGUUCGUUUGCAAAUAUUUCAAAACAGAUCUGCUGUAAACAUGGCAAAUUUGAAACCACUACAAUGUCUCAAUUUAGAUGCGAACCAGCAGAAAAAUUUUAUGAAAUUCUUCAAAACAUUGCCGGAUAAACCAUCCACAACUGUGCGUUUCUUCGACCGUUCCGAUUACUACAGUUGCCACGGGUCGGAUUCAGAGUUUGUUGCAAAAUGCGUCUUCAAAUCAACAAAUGUAGUGAAAAUUAUGGCACCAGCUGGUUUGGACGAAGAGUUGCCGUAUGUUGUGUUGAGCAAGAAUAACUUUGAAGGACUUGUACGAGAUCUUCUGCUUGUGCGUAAUUAUCGAGUAGAAGUCUACACAAACAAAGGCCCAAUGAAGUCAUCUAACGGUUGGGUACUGGAAUUCAAAGGAUCGCCAGGAAACUUGACUCAGUUUGAAGACCUGCUGUUUGCCAAUAAUGAUAUGGUUUCAGGAUCAGCGCUACUUGCUCUACAUUUAAAGCAAGAUGGUCGACAAAAAGUUGUAGGAGUUGCAUGCGUUGAGACCAACGAACGUCUUUUGUCCGUAUCUGAGUUUGUAGAUGACGAUUUCUAUUCUGAGCUGGAAGCUAUGAUUGUGAUUCUCGGACCUAAAGAAUGUAUUUUGCCAACAAAAGAUUUUGAGUACGCCCGAAUUGAAACUAUGUUAAAGAGAAAUAACGUAGUAGUAACUACGAAGAAAAAGACCGAGUUUUCGCUGGAAAAAAACUAUGUCAUACAAGAUUUAAACAAAUUGUUGCGAUUUUCCAAGGGACAGCAAGAGAGCGCAAAUUCAUUGCCAGAAACGUCAAAUACCAUAGCAUUGGCAGCACUAGGAGUAUCGAUACGUUACUUAGAGUUAGUAAAUGAUUCCUCUAAUCACGGACAGUAUCAACUGAAGCUAUUAAAUUUGAAUAGAUUUGUUCAUUUGGAUGCGGCUGCCGUAAACGCUUUGAACUUGUUUCCCAAGCGGGGCAUUAAUAUGAAUCUACCAGCUUUCAAAUGGCACAGCGUUUUAGGAGUACUAGACCGUUGCCGAACCCCUCAGGGUCAUCGACUGAUGGCACAAUGGGUGAAACAACCACUUCGAAGUUACAACAUCAUCAAAGAUCGGCAUGAUAUAGUAGAGUGUCUUGUUGAUAGUGCCUGUGUUCGCUCUGAGAUGCACGAUUUACAUCUAAAACGACUUCCAGAUAUUCUUAUUUUAGUUAAAAGGCUACUCAAAAAGAAAGCCUCACUGCAAGAUAUUUUUCGUCUGUAUCAGGUAGUGCUGCGAAUACCAAAGAUUCUUCGACUUUUGGAAACAUUAGAAAACACAGCAAUCAAAAGUAUUAUUUACAAUCCAAUGAAAGACACAUUGGCAGAUUUAAAGCUAUUCAAGGCCAUGGUUGAACAAAUUCUGGAUCUAGAGGCAGUUGGGCGUGGGGAAUAUUUAAUAAAGCACACAUUCGAUGAUCAACUAAAAGAGCAUAAGGAUAAGAUGGAUGAAAUCGAACAGAAGAUGAAGCGUUUACUCUCAAAGGUAGCCAAGGAACUGGGUCUCAAUGAGGGCACUUCGAUUAAGCUUGAAUUCGUCAGCCAUCUCGGAUACCAUUUUCGGAUUUCUCUCAAAGAUGAGACCAUUAUUCGCAAAAAUUCAAAUUUUCAGGUGCUGGACGCAAUCAAAGGUGGUGUGCGAUUUUCAAAUGAAAAACUCACGGAUUACAAUACUGACUUCAGCAUUUCAAGAGAAGCUUAUCAAGAACAACAAAAAUCUAUUGUAGAUGAAGUAAUUCGGAUUGCUAUCGGAUACGUGGAACCUUGUACCAUUUUAAAUAAUCAGAUCGCGCAAGUAGACUGUUUUGUUAGUUUUGCAGUUGCUGCAACUAGUGCGCCUGAGCCAUACGUACGACCAAAAAUGCAUUUGGAAGAUGAAGGUGUAUUGAAACUAAAACGUUUGCGUCAUCCGUGCUUAGAGUUGCAAGAAGAUGUUAAUUUUAUUGCAAAUGAUGCUGAAUUUCAUAAAGAUCAAACAACGAUGUACAUCAUCACAGGACCCAAUAUGGGCGGAAAAAGCACAUAUAUUCGCUCCGUCGGGGUAGCCGUUCUAAUGGCUCAUGUCGGUUCCUUUGUUCCUUGUGAAAAGGCAGAUAUUACAAUUGUUGACUCAAUACUCGGACGCAUUGGCGCAAAUGAUAAUCUCAGUAAAGGCUUAAGUACAUUUAUGGUUGAAAUGGUUGAAACGGCAGGGAUUAUACGAACCGCAACUGAUAAAUCUUUAGUUGUCAUAGAUGAGCUAGGACGAGGUACAUCUACAUACGAGGGCUGUGGAAUUGCCUGGUCCAUCGCAGAAUAUUUAGCGAAGGAAAAGAAAUGUUUCGCUCUGUUUGCUACUCAUUUCCAUGAAAUAGCUGAAAUGUCGGAGACGAUCACAACAGUUAAAAGCUGUCACAUGGAAGCAAUCGCUGAUAAUGACAAUUUCACAUUGUUGUACCAGGUUAAGCCGGGAGUUAUGCAGAAAAGCUUUGGAAUACAUGUCGCAAGGCUAGCGAACUUUCCCAAGGAUUUAGUUACGCUGGCUCAAAAGUUAUACGAAGAAUGUGAAGACCACUACACUGAGCUGCAAGAAAACAAGGAUCAAGAGGGAAUCAGAGUUUUCCUUUCUUCGAUAGAAAAAAUUGCCAAUGUCGAUUCAAAUAACGAUGAGUCUAUAGGAGCGAUGCUACAGGAUAUUCGCCAAGGUGUGAAGAAUGCUAAUAGUGCUUAUUUCCGGAAAACUUUUCCCUCCUUCACCGCUCAGGAUCCGAAUCUAACCACUUGCACGCUAUGUUCGGAACCAUUAAGGCCAGUAGCUCCAAUGAAUGGCUAUUACGAAAUGCAACAGCAAUCAACAAGGAAAUAUGAAACCUGCUUUUAA